CCUCUCGCUGUGGAAAUGCUAGCUGAGGAUUUACCCGCGCUACUGCAGAACUUACUGGUCGGAAUCGAGCGAGCCAUCUGCCGGGUGCCGCUGGAGGAGCUAUCCUUUCCCGCGGCAGAGCACGGCGCAUCCUCGGUCGCCGACGAAACCGACGAUUGUCAAAAUAAUAAUGGAACGCUGGUGAAGGAACCAUCCGAUCGGCAGGACAAAUACAGUUUCCACCCUGGUACCCCGAAAAUUGGCAUCAAGCGCCGUGAACUUAUUACCAAAAAUAAACUGGUCAACAACAAAUACGCCCUUAAAAGGAUAACAAAUCUUUCGCCAUCGUCAGCUGCUAGUAACAACAAUGGCCCAUCGGCCACCACAAAUGGCAGCGGUAAUGGCGGUAAUCAGACUGGCUCCAACGGUAAUAACGCUGUAGCUUGUCAUGAAACGCUCGUCAAAAAAAGUGAAAAUACUCCGCGAAUCAACGGUAAUCUCGAUAAUGAGAGCUUAGAGGUAGAAGGAUUUGAGGCAAUUGGUGGCAGUGGAAUAAAACUGUGUGACCCAGGUGGUGCAGCUACAGUUUCUCCUGGCGGUGGCGGCGGAGGAAGCGAUAAUCAGCAAUCAACCACAUCCACUGCGACCAGCAUCAACUCGAUGCCAUUAUUCUGCCUCGGCGGAUCAUUUCCCCACAUCGAUAGCGAUGAAGAGAGCGGUGACGAUAUGAAGAAGUGUGAUACAGCACCAGCCCAUCCGCAGGACUUAGUGGCCCCGAGGUCAAUCCAAGAUCUGCCGGAGAAACUUCUGACAUCGGGAAUUUCAAUACCAGGAACCUAUGAUCGGUCCGGCUCUCCGCUGAUUUACAUCGAAGUUGAAAAGGUGCUCGCAUCAGGACUCAACUGUUACGAAAUCGCGACCGUUCUGUUGUAUUACAACACGCUACCGAUCCAAAGCCCCUCGCAGUAUUGUAUCCACUUGCUGCUGAGCGAAAGCUCACAGCUGGCAUUUCUGGAAACCUUGGACAGCGCACUUCAACUUCUCAGCGGCCAUCUUAAGUUCGGGUCAAUCUACGUGUCUGGGUCGUACGAUCCGGCAGACAACAAGCACCCUCCGAAAGAGCUGAUCCGCCACCUGAAUGUGCACAUCAAAUAUCUCAACAAUGAAACCAUCAAGAACUUCAUCGGUACAGACAACCUACCGAUUCGGUGCUGUGGUUUCUAUGUACACGAUCAACACGAGUGGAUUGAUUUCUUCCGGACCUUGGAACCGUUACAGAUUCAGUGCAUAGCAACUGGACGACGAUUGGUCACCGUGCUGAAUGACAUCCGUCUUCUGGAAACACAAGGAACGAUUCCAACCCGAAGACAAUUGCACUCCCAGCAUCGGGCUCUCAGUCGAGCGCUGAUGGAUUCGGAACUGCAAAGCCUCAGACGAAAAGGACCAAAUACCAUACAACGACUUCAGGACAAACUAACCGUUAUCAACAACAAACAAACGCUUAAUCAAACCAAAAAUUUAGUUAAGAAGUGUAGUCUAGAUAAGAACAACCGCUUCGUGGGCAGUAGUCUUAACGGAAGCCAUCAUAACCAUCACCUUCAUCUUCAACAACAACAACAACAACAACAACAACAACAAAUCGCCAAUGGUAGUAAUAGUUGCGGCGAGAAGGACCUCAUCAACGCUCGGCUCAGCGAAGUGAUCGCCAUCUAUCAGGAGGUCGAUCGCGCUGCCCGCAAACUGGAGCAAUUGACCGAACAAAGGAGAGAAAGACUCAGAGAGAUGACGCGACAACGCGCUCUGGAUGAUGAGAUCAAUGAGGUAAUCUCUUGGAUUCGGAAUGAUGGCAGCAAAGCCCUGCAGAACUUCAACAACGCCUCCACGCUGGAAAAUGCGGAUCGUGUGCGAGAACUCAGCCAGGAGUUUGAAAAAUUCUACUUCAUUUCAAAGAAGCACCUGGCGAAGGGAAAGGACCUACACGAGGGAUCCGGAGAGUUGGAGAUCCUGAAGGACACUCUGAAGUUGUUGAAAGACGACAUCGAUCAACACCAGGAACGCCUCGAGCGAACGCGUGAACGUCUUGAGGAAGCCACUCGCUUGCACGAAUUAAUCGAAUCGCAAUCGUUGGAUGAUGCAGCGCAUUCCGAAAUGGUGAAGCUGGCAGAGAAAAUCGAUGUCCCCCAUUUGUUGGAGCAAUGCAGCAAGCUAGUUUUAGCCAGUAGUAGCAAUAGAGAUACCAACACUACCAGUACCAGUGAUAACAUCAGUUUAGACAUAAGUUUAUCGGACGAUACGAUCACGGCUACUAGCACACCAGAAAAGGGUAAAUUUGGACAGCAAGUGAUCCCGGUUUCCGGUUGUAUUUCGGCGCUUAUCGAACCGAAUGAAACUCGCUGCAAAGCGGAUCACGGUCACAUACAUCGACGUCACCACGAGGAGGACGAGGAAGAGCAAUCCAAGAUGGCCGAUUCAGGCUUAGGUGGCUGCGAUCGCUGCGAGGGAAACGAGAAACUUGAACGAACUUGUUCGUGUCAAAGCCUCAACGAUCCGAAGAAUGGAUGCACCAAUGGAGAUGAUUUAGACGAGGACUGCUUUGAAGGUAUGUCAAAGCCGUCCCUGGAUCUACAGAUACCGCUACAGGCGAAUGCCCAUUUAUAUUGUCAUGCGUCGAACUUGCAGUUGGAUUACGAGGAGAACAAUGUUUUUGACCAGAAGACGCAGAAAACGCUUCUAUUGAUCAUGCGUGAGAUGAUUGGAACAGAACGCGACUACGUGCGAUCACUGCAGUACGUAAUCGAAAAUUAUAUGCAAGAACUUCUCCGCGAAGACAUACCACAGGUGUUGCGCGGUCAGCGGAACGUUAUUUUCGGAAAUAUCGAACGGAUAUGCGAGUUUCAUCAGCAACACUUCCUAAAUGAACUGGAAAAUUGUGAACAUCAUCCGAUGAAGGUUGGUAGUGCAUUCCUGCGGCACGAGUCCAAAUUUUACCUGUACGCGUUGUACAACAAGAACAAACCAAAGAGCGAUUCCUUAAUGAGCGAAAAUGGAACUCAAUUUUUCAAAACAAAGCAAAUGGAGUUGAACGAUAAAAUGGAUCUGGCUUCUUAUCUGCUGAAACCAGUACAAAGAAUGGGAAAGUACGCCCUACUGCUGCAACAGCUUAUGAAGGCCUGUGCUCCUGCUCAGAAUACCGCUAACCAAGAGAUUCUGGAAGAUCUAGAGCAACUGCAAAAGGCAGAAGAGAUGGUUCGUUUCCAACUAAGACACGGUAACGAUCUUUUAGCCAUGGACUCUCUACGGGAUUGUGACGUUAACGUGAAGGAGCAAGGGCGUCUUCUACGGCAAAACGAAUUUCUCGUGUGGGAAGGUAAAGCCGGUAAGAAAUCUCUUCGACAGGUAUUUCUCUUUGAGGAACUGGUUCUGUUCAGCAAGGCACGUCGAUUUCCCGAUCGAAAGAACCUCGACAUAUACAUCUACAAAAACAGUAUAAAGACGUCCGAUAUCGGACUGACGGCCCAUGUCGGUGACUCGCCAUACAAAUUUGAAAUUUGGUUUCGAAAACGGAAGCCUGGUGAUACUUGGACGCUGCAAACCAUGAGUGAAGACAUCAAAAACGCAUGGACCGACGAAAUAUCCAAACUUCUCUGGAAGCAAGCGAAACGUAAUAGAGAGAUUCGCCUGGCGGAAAUGUCAUCCAUGGGUAUCGGUAGUAAGCCCUGUCUGGAUAUACGUCCAAGCCAAGAUCAGAUCAAUGAUCGUUCUAUCAGUAUUUCAAUGUUUGGGAAAACUCCCAAAUUACGCAAUUCGUUCAUCGGAACGUUGCCAGAGGCAAAAAGUGCAAAACGACCACAAUCGAUCAUUUCCGUCAGCAGCUCGUCAUCGUCGGGCAGUUCGGUGGUUAGCACCGGUACCGGAUCAACGGCGAGUGGCUGCGAUGGAACGACAACCAUCGGAAGUGGUAUUGGAAGCAGUUCCGCUGUGUCAUCCGGCUGCAGCACCAGCAGCUCCAGCGGAAACAGCACCACCGCAAGCAUCACCACAUGCAAACGCCUUACCCUAAACAUAACCGAUCCAAACGCUCCAGCACCUCUGAAAACGAACUUUAAGAAGCAUCAACGAUCGACAACGCUAGUGAGCCAAUGUUCAAUGGAAAGUGGCAUCAUAGCCGAUAUUUCGCUAAGUCCGGACGAGGCGCUGGAGAAUCCCCUUUGGCCCCAGCAAAACCGGCACGCUUUGCUGCGGAAGUCGCAUAGCGUUGCCUCCACCAAUCAGGAACAUAACAAAGCCACAGAUGAAAAACCACAACCAAUAGAGCAACAGUGCAGUAACGUCGCAGUCUCCACCAUAGCCCAGAACAGCAGUAGCAGCAACAAUAGCAACAAUUCCAGCACCACGAACGCCUCCGACACGAUCACCGUCCACCUUUGA